GAUGAUUCUUCAUUCCACAAGUCAAUUCCAAUUGUCUUAUAGCUUAUUUCUGAUCCUUUUUCUAAAAUGGAUUUCAAAGCUGUGCUCUUUUUGUUCACCACUCUUCUUGUGGUCACCACAAGAGUUUCAUGUGACAAGGAACGCUCAGAUGCACCUACUCAUGCGCCUUCGCCAAAGGCACACCCACAUCCACCACCACAUCAACAUCAUCGUGAGAUUGCACCAUCUCAUGCUCCUCAUCAUGCAAAGCCACCCACUCAUGCACAUCCACCAAAGGCACACCCUCAUCUACCACAUCAACAUCAUCGUGAGAAUGCACCGUCUCAUGCUCCUCAUCAUGCAAAGCCACCCACUCAUGCACAUCCACCAAAGGCACACCCUCAUCUACCAUAUCAACAUCAUCAUGAGAAAGCACCAUCUCAAGCUCCUCAUCAUGCACAUCCAUCCACUCAUGCACAUCCACCAAAGGCACACGUUCAUCCACCACACCAACAUCAUCAUGUGAAUGCACCAUCUCAAGCUCCUCAUCAUGCACAUCCACCCACUCAUGCACAUCCACCAAAGGCUUGAAAGUUUGUAAUAAGUAUCAUAAAGGUGUGAAAAUAAUUUGUUUUCCUCAGGCAAUAAAUUUGUGGUGUUAGGCCAAGAGUUGUAUAACAUGGUGCUGAGCCUACUAGAUAUUCCCAUUUACUAUUUCAGAUAAUAAUAUAUUUACCAGAUUUUCUUUAUAAA